CCUAUCGCGCUCUAUAUGAUCCACCGUCCCAAGAUGGCUGCCAGGUGCGGUGGCUAAACCUGGGCACAUCUGAAGCCGGUGCCGACCAUCAGGGCCGAGUUGCGACGAGAGAGUGUUAUUAAGCCGAGUUGGCCAGGACCCUAAGUCUUGGAUGGCGAGCUGUAGAUAGGCCUUGAGCCUGAGCCCAAGGAUCUCCACCUCUCAACCCCUGAACUCCACCUGCUCUGGUCGGGCCGCUGGAGUUGGAGCACAAGAUGAGGACAUUGUCACAGAGGCAAUGUCAACCAUGCGUCCAGAAGACUACAUCCGAGGAGAUAUGAUUCCGGGUGUGACUCCUCCUGACAGUGACUAUGAAAAACUCACAGCUCUGUUAGACUCUGACGAACCCGCUGAGCAAACUACACCCGUGCCAACUCCCGUACCAACGACUGACGAAGAGGAAGCGACUGCGGCCGAAAGUGAUGCAGCUGACGAUGGACAGGUCACCAUCGAGGUGUAUCCUGACCAAACCCAAAUCCAGGAGCAACAGACCCCCGCACCUUUGCCCGGUAGAGGAGACGGCCCAGACAACAUUCUCAGGAGCGAUGUAGUGUGUGUCGGGAAAGAGGUGCUCCAGGAUAAAAACGCUGUCAAUCUGAAACUUGCCCACUCUUCCAACUGUGAAACUACCAAAAUGAUGAUUCAGAGUGUUAUCGAGGAGUUGUGCAGGGAUGACUGCAAGCUAGAGCUCUACCAGGAGGAGAACACAGACCAGAUCCUUGUUUCUGGACAGUAUGUUGAAGAUGAUAUCAAAGGCAUGGUCAACAAGUUUAACAACGAUAACAUCAAAGAUAAGGCCGGAGUAAUGGAGGCGGUUCCUCACUGGAGGAAGAAAUCUAAACUGGUGCUGGUUUCCCUGCUGGUCACUGGCUUGCUUUUGGCCGCACUGCUGGCAGUUGGGUAUUACUUUAAGACCCACCGAAAGAAUUCCAAAGGAGUCCGACUGGCCGAGUCCUACCAGGUGGAUGAGGAGAACCAGGCCAACACCCUGGUGUCUGUCGCCCCCUUGCCUCAAGAGCCCCUUGACAAGGCCACCGCCAACGGAGACUCUCCGCCAGAAAACGGAAACAACCCCUCCCCAACCACUAACGGCCAUUCUGCCGCUGCCCAGACCCCAGUGGCCGACACGGAGAUGUGAAUCUUGACACACCCCCCCCGACCUUAAACCUUCAACCACCGGUUUAAUACACUACCCACAAUCCCCAACUGCUGCCUGGAAGGGUUUCCACACUUUGGAGAGACAAAUUGAGCAAAAUCAACUGUCCUUUUUACCUGCAACCAACUCCUACUGCCCCUAACUCCGCCACUCCAAACUGGCUCUGUGUUUCCCUCAGGCCGAGUCCUACCAGGUGGAUGAGGAGAACCAGGCCAUUACCCUUGUGUCUGUUGCUCCCUUGCCUCAGGAGCCCCUUGACAAGGCCACCGCCAACGGAGACUCUCCGCCAGAAAAAUGAACCAACCUACCGACCACUACAUCCACUCUGACGCUGCCCAGACCCCAGUGGCUGACACGGAGAUGUCAACCAAUCAAUCAACGUUUACUUAUAUAGCCUUGAAUCACAAAUGUCUCAAAGGUCUGUGAAUCUUGACACACUACCCCGACCCUAAACCUUCAACCACUGGUUUAAUACACUACCCACAAUCCCCAACUGCUGCUGCCUUGAAGGGUUUCCACACUUUGGAGAGACAAAUUGAGCAAAACCAACUGUCGUUCUUACCUGCAACCAACUCCCACUUCCCCUAACUCCGCCACGCAGGAUGAGGGAGACAUCAGUGAGGUCCAUCAUGACAAUAAUGACAAUGCCUGUAAUGUGAAAAGUCUGCCUUCCGAGAGGAGUCCAUUUAUUUGGGACGGAAACAGUUUAGAAGGGUGCUGACUGGCAUCUUGAAGUAACAGAAAUUCUAGAGUCACUCGAGUAAUGUGCUGUUGGUCCUCAACAUUAGUUACUUUUUCUUUGUCACACCAAGGAAGGAGACCAGGUUUUAUAUUAUUGUACAAACGUAUUGUUUUUUGUUUAUUGUGCUUUUGUAUUUUAUUUUUUUUAUCUUCUAAUGCACCCGAUAGCUCAUCAAAACAGUAAAAUGUACAACUGGUAAUGUCAAUUAUAUCAAUGAAUUAAUCCUCUUCGCCCUUUCAAGAGCAUAGGGUCUCAGCGAGUUGUCUCCACCUCUUUCGGUCCUCUUCAUCCUCUUGCCACGAGGUGUUGGCUCUGCCUAGAUCUUUGUCGACAACCGUAGCCUUCCCCUCCUUCUCCAAGGGCAGCUCUGGCGAUAGAUGUUGGGGAGGUUUCCGAAGACUGUGGCCAACCCAUCUCCACGUCCUUCUUCUGAUUGUAACUUUGACAAGCUUGUGACCUGUUUUUACUAGCAGUUCCUGGAUACAGAUUCUCUUAGGCCAUCAAAUUCCCAAAAUGUGGCAUAGUCUUGAGUUAAGGAAGGUCUGGAGUUUCACAAUGUUGAGUUGUGUCAGGCCCCACGUUUCGCAGCCGUGCAGUAGGAUGGACUUCACGUUGGAUUCAAGGAUUCGUAAUUUGGUGUUGGUGGAGAUGUUCCUGGACCUCCAGACUGGUUUUAACUGGGCAAACGCAGCUUUGGCCUCCCCUAUGGGUGCCUCCACAUCCUUGGUUCAAUUGGGUUGUAAGUAAAUGUGGGCGAGUUAAAGAGAGGUAUCACACAGAAACCAGAGCUCAGGUCCAAGGUUAUCGUCAUACAGCUUUUGGAUUUAAUGAAGAAAGCAUUGGGACUUUUUACGGACAUCAUUUAAAAACCCAAGUAUUUCACUUAUUGCUGUAAACUUCAGGCAAAUCCUAAUCAAAAAGAAGUUUUGUACUUUUUUGUUUUUGUACUUUUGACUUUCCAUACGAUAUGAGUGUACAGAUUUUUUUCACCAACACUUAUUGCCCUGUUUCCACGAGAAUUGCAUCAACUCUGUCUUUUAUUGGUAAUAAAGAGGAGAAGCACAAAAAGUCAAUGCUUCGCUUACUCAGCCUCCAAGUCCACCGCUGUAGCACUAUAAAGAAGAAGAAGAAAAUAAACAUUGUCAAAUGUAAUUAAGUGCAUUACCAAAUGCAGCUGGGAUAGGCUCCAGAGAGAGACACGUGGUAGAAAAAUGGACAGAUGGAUGUUAGCCAGACAUUGGGUUUCCGGGCACCCCACUUUUCGUACGAUUCGGUAUUUCAUGAAAAUCUUGCUGCAGUUAAAGAACAAACUCAUUACCAAGGUAGAUCUUCUUUCUCCUCAGUGUCAUCAAGUAUUUUUCUAGUGAAUUCAACUGAUAAAUAAGCCGGUUUGGAGCCAAAAAAAGUUGCAUGUGCUAGCAGUUUGAUAAAAAAAAAGGUGAAAAACAUGAUUCAACUCAAGAUAGAAUUAGCAAAGUACCAAGGUGCCCACAAAAAUGAUGUACAUUUUUUAUUUAUCCAUUUCAUUUGUCAUGUAUAUGUAUCUUUUGUUAUUGUUAUCUGCAUGUAAAACUACAAUUAUUCUCUAUUAAAUGUGGUUUGUGUUUA